CGCGAGCCGAGGAGGACGUCGCGUUGCGCUGCUCACUCCCGGGCUUGCUGAGCCGGCGUCGGAGGAGGAGACGCCAUGGCGGUGCUCCUGGAGACCACCCUGGGCGACGUCGUCAUCGAUCUGUACACGGAGGAGCGGCCGCGCGCUUGCUUGAAUUUCCUGAAGCUAUGUAAAAUAAAAUAUUAUAAUUAUUGCCUUAUUCACAAUGUGCAGAGGGAUUUUAUCAUACAGACUGGUGAUCCUACAGGGACGGGCCGAGGAGGAGAAUCUGUUUUUGGUCAACUGUAUGGUGAUCAAGCAAGCUUUUUUGAGGUGGAGAAGGUGCCGAGAAUUAAACACAAGAAGAAAGGCACUGUAUCUAUGGUGAACAAUGGCAGUGACCAGCAUGGAUCACAGUUUCUUAUUACCACAGGAGAUAAUCUAGAUUACCUUGAUGGUGUUCAUACAGUGUUUGGUGAAGUGACGGAAGGCAUGGAUAUAAUUAAGAAAAUUAAUGAGACCUUUGUUGACAAGGACUUUGUACCUUAUCAGGAUAUCAGGAUAAAUCAUACAGUGAUUUUAGAUGAUCCAUUUGAUGACCCUCCUGAUUUAUUAAUUCCUGAUCGGUCACCAGAACCUACAAGAGAACAACUUGAUAGUGGGCGAAUAGGAGCAGAUGAAGAAAUUGAUGAUUUCAAAGGAAGAUCUGCUGAAGAAGUAGAAGAAAUAAAAGCAGAAAAAGAGGCCAAAACUCAAGCUAUUCUAUUGGAAAUGGUGGGAGAUCUACCAGAUGCAGACAUUAAACCUCCAGAAAAUGUUCUGUUUGUGUGUAAAUUGAAUCCAGUGACUACAGAUGAGGAUCUGGAGAUAAUAUUUUCAAGAUUUGGGCCAAUAAGAAGUUGUGAAGUUAUCCGGGACUGGAAGACUGGAGAAUCCCUCUGUUAUGCUUUUAUUGAAUUUGAAAAGGAAGAAGAUUGUGAAAAAGCAUUCUUCAAAAUGGACAAUGUACUUAUAGAUGACAGAAGAAUCCAUGUGGAUUUCAGCCAGUCAGUUGCGAAAGUUAAGUGGAAAGGAAAAGGUGGUAAAUAUACAAAGAGUGAUUUCAAGGAAUAUGAAAAGGAACAGGACAAAUCAUCUAAUUUGGUUCUGAAAGACAAAGUCAAGCCUAAACAAGAUGCAAAAUAUGAUCUGAUAUUAGAUGAGCAGGAGGAAGACUCGAAAUCAAGUCAUUCGCACACAAGUAAAAAGCACAAGAAAAAAACCCGUCACUGCUCUGAAGAAAAAGAAGACGAGGACUACAUGCCGAUCAGAAAUACUAAUCAGGACAUCUAUCGGGAGAUGGGAUUCGGACACUACGAAGAGGAAGAGAGCUGCUGGGAGAAACAGAAGAGCGAAAAGAGAGACCGACCUCCGCACCGGAGCCGCAGCCGUCGGGAAAGGGACAGCCACUACGGCUCGAGCCACAAGGCCAAGUACCAGGCCGAUCCCUACGAGAGGGAAAGGAGUAAAAAAAGAGACCGGAGCCGGAGUCCCAAGAAAUCCAAAGAGAAAGAGAAAUCCAAGUACCGAUGAACCCAGGGCGGGUGUCUGACGUGUUCCUCGUUUCUCGCUUCAGUUCCUGCCCCGAGCCAGGCCUGCUGGGCGCACUUCAACUGCCACUUUUUCUGGACUUGGCUCCCGGGCACCAAGACAGAAGCAGCAGCUAGACAUUUUCUUUGUGUACGUUUUCUACAAUUUUAUUGUUAUACAUAAGAGUAGUCUUCAUGCAGAAAGUCUUUCACAUUUCUCACUUUUUUAAAAAAAGUUUCAUAAUUAUUAAAAAAAAAAAAAAAAAAAGCACGAGUCUGUGAAGAUAAAAGGAUAAUAAGGGGCCAAGGGUUUUAACCCUGGCCUCGGGCUUUCCCUCGGCCACUCCCCAGCUCUCUGAGUGUGACUCUCAGAAUACUAGUAAUCAGAAGCUAGAAAUAUAUAUGUAUGUAUCUGUGUGUGUGCAGCCAUUUACCUUUAUUUUAGAAUUCUCUUCAUGUCCUCUUCUAAUAAUUUUUUUUU